AUGUAUCAACCUGAAGUCGACCAAAUCAUGGAACUGCUCAAACCCGAAAUCAUCAAAGCUGAAGUAGAAUAUCUUCGACUUGGACAUAACGUCAAGCAAGUACACAUACCCGAUAAAUGGCUCCAGUUCGCUAUCGGAUUCUACGGUUCAUUCAAUUUUCACAUCAAGAUUGAAUUUGAUGAUGGCGAAUUUUGGAUGAUGAGAAUUAGAAGGAGGAAAGGUCGAGAUUAUCCUGAUGGACCACUGAAACUCAACCUGGAGAGUGAAGUGGCUACCAAUCGAAUCUUACACAAAGCUGGAUUGAAGGUCCCUCAUGCACACCUCAGACUAAAGGACAGUAAAUUUCAUCCGAAAUUGAUCUAUUGCUAUCAAACAUUCAUGAACGGCGCUUUGUGGCGACCUUGGUAUUAUCCCGACACCUGUGAUUUGCCAUUGGAAGAACCUUCCAUUCGACUUCUUAACGGCAUAGCUAAUUGGUUUUUAGAAAUGGAAAAGCUCAAAUUCGAUCAAGUUGGUUCGCCGUGCUUUGGUAAAGAUGAGGAUGACAUCAUCAUUGGACCGCUCAUCUCACGACAUCCCGUCUAUACCACCCCGCCAUAUAAUCAAGGUCCAUUCAAAACAGCUCAAGACAAAUGGUUGGCGAUUAUCGAUAACAAAAUUUCACUUAUCCUUUCUCGAAAUUACUGUACACCUGAUCGAGAAUUACAAGAAUACUUCAUGCUUAAGCAAGCUAGAGAAUUGGUCAAAGAUUGCGAAGAAAUGGAAAAUCCUGGACCAUUCUACAUCAAGCAUGAUGAUGACAGAUUCGAUCAUAUCAGAGCGGAGGAAGAAACAGGGGAAUUUACUGGUAUUCUGGACUGGGAAUGGGCAUACACUACAAACAAAGAAGAGGCCUUUGCCGCUCCAAACGGAUUCGUACCUGCAGAUUACAAGAAGGGCAAGAACGAUAUCCUCUCAACUCGAGAACUCGCUUUGAUUGAUGCCUAUACAUCCCAUGGUCGUCCCGAUCUUGCAGAGUGUGUUAGAAAAGGAAGAAAAUAUCAUCGACUGAUCGAUUUCCUUAGACAUGACGUAUAUGAUGUCCAGAUUAUCAAUGCACUCGAAAGAGCAUUUCUUGGACUUCCUGAUAAUCAUAUCGGUCAGCCUUCAACUUUGGAAGAUUGGUUGGAAGCUAUGAAAGAAAAGUUUAAGGAUGAUGAGGGCUUGAGUACGCUUUGGACUUAUCCUGUGGCGACACUUAAACUCCCUGAAGAACUGAAGAAUCCAUAA